AACAGGUAUAAAAAAACAAUUUUAAAAUUUUCAGUACUUCUUUGUAGUAAUUUAUAUUGUCAUUUAUUUAGAAACAAACAAAAAUUGUGUUUUUAUGUGAAUAUACAUCAAACUUUUGCAAUUAAAUCAGUAAUGGAAAUCGCCAAUAAUAUUCAACAGAAUUUUUAAUACUUCACGGAACAUAAAGAAGUGAAUUUUAAGGCAGCAAUCGACAAUAAUCAAUUGGAAUGUCAUAGAAGAAGACACAUUUAUCAUAUAUAAAGGAGAAAAAUAUGAAACAAAUGAAGUUUUCCAGUGGAUCUAAGUGUGAUUGCGAAAAAAUGAGCUAUCGACUUUCUGAGGCAUCCAUCCAAGUCAGCCAACAACAAACCGGGAAUAAAGCAAAACCAGAGAAAGUUCAUCUCAAUGUGAGUGUGAAGAGAACAAUUUUACGCACACACAUACAUUCACAUCCAUGGAACUCAAGCAUUUUGCAGUGCUGUAUGGCUUGGCCAAAAAGGAGAAUGCCACUUUUCCGAUGUACACCAACCAAACAACCACUCACUGACUACAGACAAAAAAGCUCAGUGAGGGUUGCGGUCUUGAAAUUGUGUGUGAGUUAAGAAUCUUUUGGAGCUGAAAAAAAAGUUAUAACAAAAUAAUAAAAAUUAAAAGAAAACAAAAACUGGACAUCUUCCAACCGUCAACUAAUUCAACCCGACAAAUCUUAAUACAUUUAAAUGUUUUCUGCGCUGAGAAAAACAAAAACGAGAAAACCCUAUUAAUCAUAUCGAUUUAAGUGGAUAUAAAAAAGCCAAUGUUUUUUACAAUUUUUAUACGUAAACCUACAUACAUAUUUUUGUGAAUGUUUCAAUUAAACUGUAGUUAGAGAUAUACAAACGAUUUUUAUUAAUAAAAUUUACCAAAACUUUAAUGAAACUAAAAAAAAACAGAAUAAAAAAGCAUGGGAGUCUUUUUUUAUCACCAUCAUCAUCCAUGGCAGUGAAAACCAAUAGUAUACUCUGAAAUAAGUGUAAACCUUCGUGUGUAUGUACAUGUAUGUAUGUGUGUGAGUGUUUUUAUUUAAUAAUUAUAUGGUACAUACCUGUUAAGACAUGUGAUUUUUGUAUUAAAUUAAAUUACAUUCGGUUCCAAUUCAAAGCGGAAACAUACAAUUCUCUUCGUCUUUGGAAUAUGUUUUCGAAUACCAAAGAAAUAAAUGAAACUGCAUUUUUAAGUUAAAACCUUCAAAAUAUAUAAAAAUCGUAUUUAUAAAAAUUAACUAUAAACGGCAAUACAAUGCUGCCUGUAUGUAUACAAUAUUUGUGAUAAGUCCCUCCCGGUCCUUCCCCGAAAAUUAUGCCAUAAAUCAUUUAAAAUUUAAUUGUUUUCUCCGACUACAAAAGAAGGAGAUAGCAAAAAAGAAAGAAUAAUAAUAACAACUACAACAAUAGCAACCCCAAACAACGUGACCCAACAACAACUACCAACAAAAGAACGUAGCAAGCAACAAGAACAGAAACACGAGCAGCAACAACAACGCCGAAAGAAUGUCUAAUCAGGGACUACUACGUGUUGCUGCAACGAACUCAGCGUUGCGUGGCAGCAGUGGUGGUAGUAGUGCGUGCAGCUCCGGCAGUGUAUCGCCCAUACCCAUACCGGUAAUUGCCAUUAGUCCUGGAGAUGAAUCCUCAGAAUCGGAAAUUGAAGCUGAGCCAGCAAAAAUAUUUCACCGACGUGUUUCGACGAAACGCAAUGUUAACAGUUCGGUUGCCAUCAAGGAAGGUUUCCUGCUGAAACAAACAUGGUCGUUCCAGCGUUGGCGUCGACGGUUUUUUCGCCUGAAACGUAAUAAACUUUAUUAUGCCAAAGAUCCCAAGAGUGAUGUAUUCGAUGAAAUCGACUUAUCCGAUUUGUGUACGGCCGAAUGCAGUAUUAAAAACGUAAAUCAUAGUUUCCAGGUUAUUACCCCCACUCGUUCGCUUGUAUUGUGUGCCGAAUCCAGACGCGAAAUGGAGGAUUGGUUAGGCUCCCUUAAAUCGGCCUCCAUACCGCCUCGCUCACGUGGCGACAGCUUUUUCAUCGAACAGCACGACAUCUUUGCCAAUCACCAUCACUGGUACGCCACGUCACACGCACGACCCACUUACUGCAAUGUCUGCCGCGAUGCCUUGUCCGGAGUCACGUCGCAUGGCCUGUCGUGCGAGGUGUGCAAAUGUAAGGUGCACAAGCGGUGCGCCGCCAAAGCUAUUGCCAACUGCAAAUGGACCACCUUGGCCACGGUGGGCAAGGACAUCAUAGAAGACCAGAAUGGCAGCAUUGUUAUGCCCCAUCAGUGGAUGGAAGGCAAUCUGCCGGUAUCGGCCACCUGUGCCGUCUGCAAGAAAACCUGUGGCUCAGUGUUGCGGCUGCAGGAUUGGCGCUGCCUGUGGUGCCGAACAACGGUGCAUGUGGCAUGUCGACCUCAUGUAGCCAUCGCAUGUCCUUUGGGACCGGCCAAAUUGUCGGUGGUACCUCCCACUUGUGUGCAUUCCAUUGGCAAUGAUGACUCGUGGGAUGUUGCCAGUCCCAAGGGCAACUUUUCUCCUCUGCUGGUAUUUGUCAACUCCAAAUCGGGAGACAAUCAAGGCGUGAAAUUCUUAAGGAGAUUUAAGCAGCUUUUAAAUCCGGCUCAAGUAUUCGAUUUGAUAUCGACUGGACCGGGAUUGGGUUUGAGGCUGUUUCGGCAUUUUGAGAUGUUUCGUAUAUUGGUGUGUUCCGGAGAUGGUUCAGUUGGAUGGGUGCUCAGCGAAAUUGAUCGCUUCAAUAUGCAUAAACAAUGUCAAGUUGCUGUGUUGCCCCUUGGCACGGGAAAUGAUUUAGCCCGCGUUCUUGGCUGGGGUUCCUCAUGUGACGACGAUGCCCAUUUGCCUCAGAUAUUGGAACGUUACGAGACGGCCAGUACCAAAAUGUUGGAUCGUUGGAGUAUUAUGGUCUUCGAAAAGGCCAUUGCAGUUCAACCGAAAAUGCCUAAAAUGUCCUUAUCAUCGGAACAGGAAGCCUUGUUGACCGGCAUGAUUACCUCGGCUAAUGAAAAUCUCCGUUCUAUUGUCGAAACUGAUGAUUUACCCACACUGAUGUCGGCCACAAAAACUCUCUGCGAAACAAUCGAUGAUCUCUUGGAGAGAAUGUGUGAAAAUCGCAAAGAGGACGAUCAGCUAACUGUGAAAUGUGACAUUCUAAGGCAAAAGGUCAACAUGCUAUUGGAUGCCUUGAAGGAGGAAGAGAAUGGCUCACACAGCGGUGAUGAGUUCUUGGCCACCAUUAAUAAUAUUAUAGCCAAAUCGGCACCUAAUUCACCCAUCCUAUCAGCAUCUUCAUCUAAUUUACUAAAUCCUAACAUAUCAAUGGAAAAGAAUGAAAAGGAUCAAUUAAAUUUAAAAGAGCGGCGCAACAGUCGCUCCCUGCGCGGCAGUGAACGUGAGGCACUGCAAAGUCGUGCCAACAGUGUCAAGCGGGCCAUGUACAAUGUCGUCGAACAUUCGGAGCCGGGACGACCAAAACGUUAUCAGCGCCGUUUGUCGGUAACGCCAUUUGAAGCUUUGAAAAUACCAACCACCACCUCCAGUGAUUCAACACCCUGCACCUCACCCUUGCCCAUUAUACCACCCAUUAAUGUUAUAUCGCCCACCAUGGAAUCGUCACGUCUCACUUGCAUAUCACCAUUACCGGAUACCAGACGUGAGUCCAUGGAUGAGCAUUUCUUCAAUACGAUUAGUUUGCCGGUGCCUCGGCAAUUUGCCGACAGUCGCCGCAGCUCUGGUGUACCAGAAGUCAUAGAGGAACAGGAGGAGAAUACCAACGGUGAGAUAACGUAUCGUAGGACCCGACUCUCUCUGAGUGGAGGUGCAAAUAUUGACGAUGCUGGUAAUCGUCUAUCGCCUGGCAGCGAAGGGGCUUCCACUCCCGGUGAGCGGAACUUCCUAACGGUACCAAUUCUAACUAACGAACACAUGGUCGAUCCCCUAUCCGAAUUUCGGCCCAUCGAGGUAUUCGAACGCAACUAUUACAUGAGCAAACAGCUGCACAAGGACAAGGAAACUGAGCAGCCAAGUGAUAAGGUAGCCGGCGAGGCCUUGGUGCACACGUGCGAUCUCCAGGUACCCAGCAUUGUAGUAUCCCAAAAAGAUGCUUGUAAUGUCUAUACAAGCGAUAACAUAACAAUAAUCGAUACAGAUGGGAAUACCGAACAAUCAUCUGAGGAGGAAUUCCAAGGAGAGCCAAGUGAUGUUUUGUCGGCCAUUAGCAAUGAGGAAUGCAGUGUGGCCUCCGAGAUAUUCGAUGGAAAAGAACCAACCAUACCGGGUUAUCAGCUGGGAGAUAUUCUACAGAAUCUUGACUCCAAUGAGUUUACCCACAUUGACUCGCCCGAAACAAGCGAUGAAACUGAAAAUAUACCCGGUGAAAGCCUUAUGGAUGACAUAAGUUCCGUGUUGGGUCAUGACAUAACCUAUGCCCUGCAGGAUAACACCAUAACGGAUGACACCACCCUAAUGUGCUCGGAGAGAUCAAUGAUACCACCACCCAAACCGGCAAGAGCCAAACAGGUUGCCGCAGAUAACAAAGUUAAUCCUUCACCACCACGCAUGCCUAGCUUGGCCCGCAUGGACAGCGAUGACAAUCCCCAACAAUUUGGCUUUGAGAACAUUGUUUUUGAAAUCGACAAUCGUUGUGAUGAUCAGAAGAUUCGAGAACCGCCACGUUACUGCUCUCUGGCUCAGUUUGUGGAAGGCAGUGACAUCGCAAGGCAAAGUUUUAAGCAGCUAUCGCUGGAUGAGACCAACAUAGCCAUAACUACGGCUGCAGCUAUCAACAACAACAGUGUCAAUACCCUGACUACGACAAGCGGCCACCAGCAGUCCGAGGAUGAUUUGUCAACUGCCACAGCCAUAAGGAUUGAAGUGAGCGACACGACCACCGUCACCAGUACCUCCUGUCUGAAGACGUCCCCCAAGAAAUCCAUACCAGGACAAGAUGUAAAGCGCAUUACUUUUGAUGACUCCUGUAAGAAAGAAUCAUUUGAUGAUGUUACUCCUCAUCACCCACAGAUAAGUGUUGUUGUCCGGCCACCCACCCCCCUGAGAGGAGAUGCCAUACGGCCCCUGAAUCCCGAUACUUGCAGCAGUCUGCUGGCUCUGCGUCUGCCCUCUGAGAUACGAAGGCACUCGAGCCAUGCCACGUCGUUGACGGUGCGUGAAUUUGACAAGGACAAGGAUCGCCGCCAUUCGGGCUUCAAUCCCAACUAUUUGAGCUUGGAUCCUGAACACAAUCGUUUCCUUAACUCCUCGCCAGCCGCCAGUCGUAGGAUCAGCUGUGGCAGUCUAUUCAAGAAACGAUCGAAGGGUAUUUUGUCGGAACGUGUUUACGGCUUGCUGGGCUUAAGACUUUUUGUUGUGGCCGAACCAGAUAUUCGACUGGCCACACUGGCCCUAAUCAGACCAUUGAUACAAUUGCCCAAUGAAGCCUUGCCCAAUCUGCAAAAUCUCAAGGGAUCCAAGACCAGUCUAUUCACCGGAUCGAGUAUUUUUGGAUUUGAUCACUUUGGUGCCACUCCGGAGAAGGAGGAAAAGGACAAAAAGGAAAAAGAUAAAACACCUUCCGAGGAGAAUCGCAAGCUGCCAAUUAUUAAUCCAAUUGUCAAGCUACCCAAUUGGCCAAAUCUCACUGGAGGUGGCUCUGGUUUUAUAUCAAAAUGUCUGCUUGCCAAUGCCGAUACACUUUGUGCUGCAGUCAGCCCUCUAAUGGAUCCGGAUGAAACUCUUUUGGCUGGCUAUCAUGAAAAAUGUGUGAUGAACAAUUAUUUCGGUAUUGGCAUUGAUGCCAAAAUAUCUUUGGACUUCCACAACAAGAGAGAGGAGCAUCCUGAGAAAUGUCGUUCUAGAGCCAAGAAUUAUAUGUGGUACGGAGUGUUGGGUUCCAAGCAGCUAUUGCAAAAAACCUGCAAAAAUCUGGAGCAACGUGUGCAGCUGGAAUGUGAUGGCCAAAGGAUACCCCUGCCUUCGCUGCAGGGUAUUGUGAUUUUGAAUAUACCGAGCUUCAUGGGCGGCACUAACUUCUGGGGCAAUUCGAAAAAGGAUGACAUAUUCCUCGCCCCCAGUUUUGAUGAUCGCAUCCUAGAGGUUGUUGCCGUUUUCGGUUCAGUCCAGAUGGCCGCUUCACGUCUCAUCAAUCUGCAACAUCAUCGCAUCGCACAGUGUCAAAGUGUACAAAUCAAUAUUUUAGGUGAUGAAGAGAUACCCAUACAGGUGGACGGCGAAGCCUGGUUACAGCCACCGGGUAUGAUACGUAUCCUACACAAGAACCGCGUGCAAAUGUUAUGCCGCAACCGUCAUCUGGAGGCCUCGCUUAAGACAUGGCAAGAAAAACAACGACAACAUAGCAUUUCCAUACAACGUGAUCAUUCAUCCACCGCAUCGGAACAUGCUACCUCAACGGAUGAAGUCAUCUCGGAGCGAGAAUGCUAUGUCCUGCUUAACUUCAUUGAGGCUGUUAGUUCGCUCAUUAAGUGGGUGAAAUUCUUGAUAAUAUCUCAUCCCACAUUGAGGCAUGAUUUAUAUUCGGUGGCCUGUCGUGCUCAGGAUGCCUUAGAGAGUAUCCAUCCUCAGGGCAAACUGUUGGAGGGUCCUUCAUUGCGCACCAAAUUAGUUGAGGUGAUUGAUUCGUCUCGGCAACUUUAUGAUGAUGCAUGUAAUUUGCUCAGAGAUCGUGGUCAUAGUUUGAUUUUGAGAGAGGAUCUGGAGAGUAAGUUGAGUGCUGCCUUGGCCAACAUGGAAAUGGAAUUGAAGAAGUGUUCGGUGCAAAAGUGUGUGGAUGGCAAACUGAGGGCCUAUUUCAAUGUGCUGGCGCCCAAUGAGGAGGGCGAUGGACGCCGCAAAUCACGAGCCUUUUGGACCCGUCUUCGCUCCGGUUCCACUGCUGGACAAAACCAAUUCAAGGCACCUUUGACCAACACCCGUGAAGCGGUUAGCAAUUGGAGUGUCAAUGAGGUGGUCACCUGGUUGGAGACCAUGCAACUCUCCGAAUAUGUUGACAGUUUCCUACGCAACGACAUACGUGGCAAAGAGCUGCUUACGCUUGGUCGCAGAGAUCUCAAAGAUUUGGGUGUCAUCAAAGUUGGUCAUGUCAAGCGUAUACUGCAGGCCAUCAAGGAUAUGAAUGAGAACUAAUUAUUUUCUUCAUAGGGAGCAGGAGGCUGUAAAACACCGAGAAUGUUUAUGCGAUUCUACAAAAUGUCUUAAUUGCUUAAAACAAUCAUAGAUCUACUCUAAAACAAAAAUCUCUUUAUACUCAACACACACACAUUUAUAUGACUAUUAACGAUGAUCAACAAAACGAAAGCCUAGCAAAGCUAAUUCCACACAAAAAUAGAACAACAAGUGCUACAAAUUUGUGUUAAUUUUUCAGAACAUCCAAAAGGAAAAAAGGAAAAGAGUUGCAUUUUUUAUAGGCUGAAAACUUAUUUCAUGUUUGUAUUCGCAUCGAGUUGCCUUCCUCGAAAUCGUAAAAACAAACUUUUUUUAUUUAACAACAAUUAAAAGCAGAUGUAGUCAGUCAUCCUUAACAGUUCCUUUUGUCCUGGUUCCGUUUACUCCUUAAGAGUUAUUUCCAAAACCAUCCUAUGUAUGAAUAAGUAAUUAUAAUAUACCUUACCAUGGCCUCCAUAGCAUUACAUUUUUAUACCCUCAGCCUUAUGACAACAGAGGGCAUAUUCGAGCUGAUACGUCAAAAUAUGUCCUUCAUAGUUUGGAAACUUCUCUCAUUUUAAUAUUUUUACCGAAAAAUUAUGAAGUUUAUAAGUUUGGUGCUCAUGGUGCCUCCGCCAUAAAAGGUGAACAUUUUGACACCUCAAUCCUCAUCUUCAAGCCUACACACGGCAAUAGGUCUUCCUGGUUCAAAAAACAGAUUUUUGAAAAAUACUCUUGUUUUUUUUUUCAAAAAAAUUUUUUUAAAUACUUUUAAGGAGAUUCUGACCAUACACAUAGCGGAUUUUAAAAAUAAUUUUCAAAGACAUUCCGACUAUAUAUAACUCGUGAAUUUCAUACAAAUAUUUUUUAUAUAAAUAUUGGAUUUUUGGAAAAUAUUCAUAGAGGAGAAUAUAAUUCCCGUCUUCCCGUCUAUAUAGAUCGCGUAUUUUUUUAAAAAUAUUUGUGACUAUAAAUCAAGGAUUUUUUAAAAAUAUUAUUCAAGUGAAAAAAUUGCUUCAUAUUCAUGGGUAUUUAAAAAUUACAACUACUAUAUAUAAAUAUUUUUUUUAAUCUUCUUUAGAUAUUUCACAUAUAAGUAAAUAUUGUGAUUUUUUUUUAAAUUUUAACAAAAAAUCGUUGAUUUUCUAAGAACUUUUAGGAGUUUUUCGAGGCAAAAAAUCUGAUAUCAUUUCAGCAAAAUAAUAAUAUAAUAAAUUGUUUGAAGGUACGAUAGGUCUUGUUUUGAGUCCCCUAAAAUAAAUUAAAGUAUAUUAAAAUAUUCUCUCAAUGACCCAAUUUUUCCCUUUUAAUAUUUCUAUUCUUUGCUGCAAAUGCAACUCUUUUCCAAAUUAUAUUUCUACAAAACCCCAGACGAAUAUUAGUUACGCUAAAUAAUUACAAAAAACAAAGCAAAUUCCCGAAAAAAACCUGAAAAACCAGCAAAACGCAAACACAAAUUAUGUUUAAGAAUUUUUUCAGAAAUCCCUUAAAUGUUACAUUUAAAAACAAAAAUUAUAAUAUUUAAUAUUAAGUUUACGAUUUGUUUUUAAAAAUUAAACGAAAACAUAUUUAUAUUUAAUGAUGAUAUAAAUUACGAAUUUAAUUUCACUUAACAAAAAAAUAUUUCUUUAAAAACAAACGAAACAAUUCCCGCAGAAGAAAAAUUAAAAAAAUUAUAUAUAUUCGUAAUGUUAUUAUUAACUAUAAAAAAAUAAUAUUAAAAACAAAACCAUGAAACCAACAGAUGCAUUCUAAAUUUUAAAAGCAAUUCAAUUCAAAAUUUAAAAGAAAACAAAAAAAAAAUAAAUUAAUUAUUUAUGUACACUAACUUUGUAUUAAAAAAAAAUAAAAACAAUUAAGUUUAAGCCAAAAAGUAAAACAACACUUACACACAAACGAAUAUGAAUGACUGUUUAGACAAAAAGAAAAUUUACCCAUGACACAUAUACAUGCAUACAUACAUGAUGAAUCAAACAUACAUGCAUACAGUAUAACGAAAAUAUUGAUAUAAUUUUAAGUAUUUUUCCUUUUAAGAUGAAAAACAAAAGAAAAAGAAAAUAGUUAUUAUUAAUAAAUUAAUCACACUUCACACACACACGAAGAGUGACACAAAUUUCAAUCUCAAUAACUUACACUACUACAUCCAACCGAAGAAUGAAAAUCCUAUACAUCAUUUUUAUAAUUAAACGGAAUCUUGUGUAUUUAUCUUGUUAACUCAUGGACUCAAAGGUCCAAUGCCUAAAUCAGAAUUCAAUAAUUUUCGAUAUUAAGGAAAAUUGCAAAUCAGAAAAUUGCAAAUCAGAGCGAUCUUGCUUGUACUUCCAUUAUGGUAGAAUAAAUUGUAGUUUUGCUUUAAAUAGGCGAUAUUUGGAAUUGAACUUAAUUCACACCUGUUAUGAGAUCUCAGCAAUAUUUCUUGUAGUUCUUUUGGAGAUUGAUCGUAGGUAAUCAAUAACCAGAUUAGUUCUUGAAUCGACGAUGACAGUUACAUAUUUCAGCAUUUGAAUGCAAAACAAUUAAAAAAAUAGCUAGUCCUAUAGUAGGCCUACGUUUUAAGCAUAUCAUUUUUUUUUCAUUAUAUAGCUCAACGCUUUCUUUCCUAAAAAAGGAAAAAAUGAAUAAAACCUAUGAAAACAUGGGUUAUAUUAAAUAUACGCCUUAUCAACUAUGGGAUCCAAAAAGGCUCCAUCGCUAGCAAACAAAAAUCCAUUCAAUUUUCGCUCUGGCCUACCAAGCCCCCAAACCAAGAGCAUUGGGCACUGAACUUUUCAGUCCAUUUGUUAAAAAAAGAGCCCAGUUAAAUACAUGACGUUUCAUUUGCACUUCAAUUUCAUUCACACAUCAGGACAUACAUACAAUCUUAUAUUCUACAUAUAUGUAUAUGUAUUUGUACAUUGACAUACAUACAAACCCUAAAAGUCUUGAAACAAAUUCGAAAUACGCUUAACAAAAACGAAACUUUUUUCGUGAGUCAUAGUUUUUAAUUUACAAACUUAUUUUUCCCUUUUUAUUAUAACUUUUUUCGUAAACGUAUAUUUAAUAAAAACCAAAAAAAAAAACUAUUUAAUAAAAGAAAGAAGAAACAAAACAUAAAUUUAUAUAUAAAACAAUUUAAUCAUUAAAUCUUUUUUAGAUAUUAUAUGUAUUAAAGAAAAUUUAAACUUAAAAGCAAUUUAAAGCAAAAAACUCUAAAAUUUUCCCCAAAAAACUUAUGAAUAAACCCCUCCCCCCAAUCACCCACUUAAGCAUAAAACAUUCCAAAAAAAUCAAAAGAAAAUGAUUUGAAAUUGACUAUUUUGGACUUGCUAUAUAAACAUAAAAACUGUGAUAUAAAAGCAGUCCAUCCCUUCAAGAAAAAAUGUUCUUAACUCCUUUUUCCCAUCCUUUUCCCCCAUAAACUAUUAUUUUCUCCCAAAAAAAAAAAAACUGCCCAUAUUGUUUUUUCCAAUAUUUAUAAAAAAAUAAACCCAAAACUUAAAACAAUCAUAAACAACUCAAUAAAUAAAUUAUUAACUAUCUAUCCACACAUAGACACAUAUGAGAUACUCAAAAGACAGUAUGAGAGAAUGAUGUGCAGGUUCUUCUCAUACCAUAAAAUAAAACUUGGUUGUUGUUUUUUAUUAUUAUCAUCAUUUUCUCUCGUUUAUAACUUGUUGUGCAAAACAGAUAUCAUGGAAAACCAAAAAAAAAUAUUAAUUUUUCAAAGAUAACAACAAAACAAAAUGUCUUUAUAAUCAUCCUUAAAAACGAAAUAAAUUUCCAUAUUUUUUUGUUUAUUUCUUUAAAUCUUUACAAA